GGGCCACGCCCCCAGCCACAGACCCUGCCUCCAGGCCUCUUUGAUUGGAUCAAGAUCGCGGAAGGGCCGGGCGUCCCCGGGCGGCCUGAGGGUCGGGCAGGGAAGGGUGCGCUGAUUGGCCCGGCGGGGAUUAAGUCAUUGCUAGCAGGUUCGAGCGGCCCAGACACCGGCGGGGCGGCCGAGGCUGCUGUGAGAGGGCGCUCGAGGCUGCCGAGAGCUAGCUAGCGAAGGAGGCGGGGAGGCGGCGUCUGCACUCGCUCGCCCGCUCGCUCGCUUCCCGGCGCCGCUGCGGGUCCGCGCUGCGUUUCCUGCUCGCGAUCCGCUCCGUUGCCCGCGCCCGGAACAGCAGCACCUCGGCCGGGUCCGAGCUCGGUUCGGGAGUCUUGCGCGCCGGCGGACACCGCGCGGGGAGUGAGCCAGCGCCACACCUGUGGAGCCGGCGGCCGUCGGGGGAGCCGGCCGGGGUCCCGCCGCGUGAGUGCUCUGGGCGGCGGGCGGCCCGGGCCCCGGCGGAGACGCGCCCCCCGGCUGGGCGCCGCGCGCACCAUGGGGCUCCCAGCGCUCGAGUUCAGCGACUGCUGCCUCGAUAGUCCGCACUUCCGAGAGACGCUCAAGUCGCACGAAGCAGAGCUGGACAAGACCAACAAAUUCAUCAAGGAGCUCAUCAAGGACGGGAAGUCUCUCAUCAGCGCGCUCAAGAAUUUGUCUUCAGCGAAGCGGAAGUUUGCAGAUUCCUUAAAUGAAUUUAAAUUUCAGUGCAUAGGAGAUGCAGAAACAGAUGAUGAGAUGUGUAUAGCAAGGUCUUUGCAGGAGUUUGCCACUGUCCUCAGGAAUCUUGAAGAUGAACGGAUACGGAUGAUUGAGAAUGCCAGCGAGGUGCUCAUCACUCCCUUGGAGAAGUUUCGAAAGGAACAGAUUGGGGCUGCCAAGGAAGCCAAAAAGAAGUAUGACAAAGAGACAGAAAAGUAUUGUGGCAUCUUAGAAAAACACUUGAAUUUGUCUUCCAAAAAGAAAGAAUCUCAGCUUCAGGAGGCAGACAGCCAAGUGGACCUGGUCCGGCAGCAUUUCUAUGAAGUAUCCCUGGAAUAUGUCUUCAAGGUGCAGGAAGUCCAAGAAAGAAAGAUGUUUGAGUUUGUGGAGCCUCUGCUGGCCUUCCUGCAAGGACUCUUCACUUUCUAUCACCAUGGUUACGAACUGGCCAAGGAUUUCGGGGACUUCAAGACACAGUUAACCAUUAGCAUACAGAACACAAGAAAUCGCUUUGAAGGCACUAGAUCAGAAGUGGAAUCACUGAUGAAAAAGAUGAAGGAGAAUCCCCUUGAGCACAAGACCAUCAGUCCCUACACCAUGGAGGGAUACCUCUACGUGCAGGAGAAACGUCACUUUGGAACUUCUUGGGUGAAGCACUACUGUACAUAUCAACGGGAUUCCAAACAAAUCACCAUGGUACCAUUUGACCAAAAGUCAGGAGGAAAAGGGGGAGAAGAUGAAUCAGUUACCCUCAAAUCCUGCACACGGCGGAAAACAGACUCCAUUGAGAAGAGGUUUUGCUUUGAUGUGGAAGCAGUAGACAGGCCAGGGGUUAUCACCAUGCAAGCAUUGUCGGAAGAGGACCGGAGGCUCUGGAUGGAAGCCAUGGAUGGCCGGGAACCUGUCUACAACUCGAACAAAGACAGCCAGAGUGAAGGGACUGCGCAGUUGGACAGCAUUGGCUUCAGCAUAAUCAGGAAAUGCAUCCAUGCUGUGGAAACCAGAGGGAUCAACGAGCAAGGGCUGUAUCGAAUUGUGGGGGUCAACUCCAGAGUGCAGAAGUUGCUGAGUGUCCUGAUGGACCCCAAGACUGCUUCUGAGACAGAAACAGAUAUCUGUGCUGAAUGGGAGAUAAAGACCAUCACUAGUGCUCUGAAGACCUACCUAAGAAUGCUUCCAGGACCACUCAUGAUGUACCAGUUUCAAAGAAGUUUCAUCAAAGCAGCAAAACUGGAGAACCAGGAGUCUCGGGUCUCUGAAAUCCACAGCCUUGUUCAUCGGCUCCCAGAGAAAAAUCGGCAGAUGUUACAGCUGCUCAUGAACCACUUGGCAAAUGUUGCUAACAACCACAAGCAGAAUUUGAUGACGGUGGCAAACCUUGGUGUGGUGUUUGGACCCACUCUGCUGAGGCCUCAGGAAGAAACAGUAGCAGCCAUCAUGGACAUCAAAUUUCAGAACAUUGUCAUUGAGAUCCUAAUAGAAAACCACGAAAAGAUAUUUAACACCGUGCCCGAUAUGCCUCUCACCAAUGCCCAGCUGCACCUGUCUCGGAAGAAGAGCAGUGACUCCAAGCCCCCGUCCUGCAGCGAGAGGCCCCUGACGCUCUUCCACACCGUUCAGUCAACAGAGAAACAGGAACAAAGGAACAGCAUCAUCAACUCCAGUUUGGAAUCUGUCUCAUCAAAUCCAAACAGCAUCCUUAAUUCCAGCAGCAGCUUACAGCCCAACAUGAACUCCAGUGACCCAGACCUGGCUGUGGUCAAACCCACCCGGCCCAACUCACUCCCCCCGAAUCCAAGCCCAACUUCACCCCUCUCGCCAUCUUGGCCCAUGUUCUCGGCGCCAUCCAGCCCUAUGCCCACCUCAUCCACGUCCAGCGACUCAUCCCCCGUCAGGUCUGUUGCAGGGUUUGUUUGGUUUUCUGUUGCUGCCGUUGUUCUCUCAUUGGCUUGGUCCUCUCUUCAUGCAGUGUUCAGCCUCCUCGUCAACUUUGUUCCCUGCCAUCCAAACCUGCACUUGCUUUUUGACAGGCCAGAAGAAGCGGUACGUGAAGACUCCAGCACACCGUUCCGGAAGGCAAAAGCCUUGUAUGCCUGCAAAGCUGAACAUGACUCAGAACUUUCGUUCACAGCAGGCACGGUCUUCGAUAAUGUUCACCCAUCUCAGGAGCCUGGCUGGUUGGAGGGGACUCUGAACGGAAAGACUGGCCUCAUCCCUGAGAAUUACGUGGAGUUCCUCUAACCGUGGGCCCCAGCAGAACUGCUGAGCUUUACAUGGUAUCCAUGACAACUGCUGAUUCCAGUGUCGAGGCCAUUUCUCUUUGCCACUGAGAAAUGCAGCGUGACUGACUCUGUUGCUACCUGUCAACAUGAAUGUUUCUGUGAGCUCUGGUGUCACUCAUCUCCAUGAUCAUCUCAGCCAACACACAUCAAUACUGCAAGAAAAGAAGUCAAUCAGCAGAGGAGACCAUUUGAUAACUAAGAGGAAGACUUGCAAAGCCGUUUUCUCAUGAGUACCCUGAAUAGGGGGCACUCAUUUUGUUUCAACGGUCCAAACGCCCAACCUUCAGAAAGAGGAAGUCAGAUAGAAAUAGUCCCUGAGAGCACACUGUGUAGCUAAGCCUGCUGGGGCUGGGUGAAGAAAUUGGCGCUGAGAUCCGGGCUGGAUCCAUUGCUUUUGUUUACAAUAGGCACUCUCUCUACCCCACCUCUCAGUACUUGAGACUUAAAGUGCUACAGACAGCUGGAUCUGUUUGCAUGCAGGAUGAAGAGGGUUAAAACACUGUUUAUAUAAGAUCCAAUCUCUCACCAUCUCUAAAGCAACCGUUGGCCUGUCAUCAACGAGAUACAAUCCAGUCUUCUCCUGCACGGGAACACACACACCCUGCAUUUCUCCCUCCCAGGCUAGGAACCUCUCUGCCACCAAGGGCUGCCAUCCAUCGCCUAGUAACCACGGCAACCCAACCUACUCUAAAACCAAACCAAAAAAAUAAAAUAACACAUCCUCUUUGCAUGACACAUUUUUUUCUCUCCCCUUUUUGGUACACUUUUUUUGAAUGGUUUUCUAACAACUUGAAGCACAGGAUGAAGGAAUUAGGGUGGUCUACUUGAGGCAGAUGGGAUAGUAGCUGGGAACUGUUCCCUUUCUGAUGAAUUUCAGCAGCAUCGGGAUAUAGUUGGAGCACACCCUAUUAACCUCUUGAGAUUAAAUUACAUAGUCUUAAUAUUUCUGUUCCUCCAUGCAACUGAUGUUUGUUUUUUAAAGGGUAAGAUGCUGCCUCCCAAUGGGUGAUGCCAUCUGACUGGUUUCCCCGUGUCCUCCCAUUCACCCAUCUCUGCUCCCACCCUUGCCUGCCUCUAACCCACCACUGGCCAGCCCCCUUGCCCUACUCUGGGCUGCUGAACACUGGUGCUGUGGUGGUUUUCAAGGUUAAUUCCUAGGCUACCCGUAUGGCCUAUAGUUUAAAAGGACAUCUAUGUUCACUGCCACUCCGAAAAAGGGAAUUAUUUCUCAGUCUUUCGAGGCUUGAGACUAAUAUAGGCCAUUGUGAUUCAGGAAGAAACCCAAGGUUGGAGGGUGGGAUGAGUACCCUCUGAAAAAGGGAAUUUGCUGGUGAAAAGAGGCUGGAUCUUGUGGAAGACUGUCUUGGAUGGGGAAGUACUACCUGGAGAUUUCAAAUUCAUUUGGCCUGCAAACAACAGAGUUAUCCGUAUCUUCCACAUGUGAAUGUCAUUGCAAGGGUGACUCUAGACAAACUACAAACCGAUGGACCGUCAAGCUCCCCAGGAGCCCCUUGGAUGGCAGCGUUGCUUCAGUGUUUCCUGUUUCUGGAAUUCCUUGUUAGGGAACUUUAAAGAAGAAAAGAAAAACUUGAAUUGUGUUGAAUUACUGUAUCUUUUACUUUUUUUUUUUGAAAAGAUAAACUUGUAAAUAGAGUGAUUUGAAAUACUAUAUGGCAAAGUUUUAUAUUUGAUAUUCUUUAAGCUAGUUGCUCACACACUUAGGCUUCGAUUGCUGAAGAAGUAUGUUUAAGAGGGAGAGAGGGGAGGCAAAGCUGAAGAGAGUCAAGGUCACUGUCCCCCCUUCGGCCUGAAGGAAAGAGAAGACAUUUCUUUAGCCUUGCUCUCUGCUGUCCUGUUGGUGGGCACGACACAUCAGUGGUGUUCAGUCUUUAUGUGUUUUUAAGCAUCCCUUGGGCUUUGGAUUUGGAGAUGGGAAGAGCAUCUCCAGGCAAUGAGUUUUUCAAAGAAUGCCUACUUAGUAGUAAGAUGAAGCUCAGGAUUUAAAUAAGUGGGGUCAGGCAUUCGAGUUUUUGUCUUUCUUCUCAGGUGUAUUUCUUGGUACCCCCAAGAUAUCAGGCCAGAAAGAGAUGAGUCAGUUGCUGUGCUCUUUACUUCUUUUUCUCCACAUCUUCUGAGGCUUUAGAAAUGUGGACAAGCUAGUUUUCAAAUUUUGUGUGCGUCUGUAAGUUCUUAAAGAACCAGCUUCUUAGAAUGUUCAGUUCUCAAUGUGCUGCUGCUUUCCUUUCUCCUAAACAUUUUAAAACUCUUCCCUUUCACCUCCAAUUCCCGUGAUCCCAAAAGAAGAGGAAGACUCCAGGAGGGAUAUAGAUUGUGCCAUCAUAGCUUUACAGGUGGUUUUAAAGUUAACAGGGGUUUGUCAUGGUGAUUCACUACUCAGUUUAUCGGCUCCAGGAUUAUACAGCUCUUUUCCAGGAACUCACCCAGGAGCAAGCGAGACACUACCAUUGAAUCAGGGAAUAAGAAUUAAGAAUGGACAGGACCAAGACAGAACUCAAGAAAGCCAUUGGGGAAAACUCGAGAAGAAAGGGGGUAUACUAGUAGGUUAGAUCUGUGAACUUGAGGACAAGAAGGCCUUGGGAAAUGGGGGCCUCAGGGGAUGUGCAUUCACAUACUAUUGUGCUUCCCAAAGAGAGACCAACUUCAUGCUUUUAGCACAUUUGAUGAGGUUUUUUAUUUGUGUUUUUGUUUGUUUUUUGAGAUGGAGUCUCACUCUGUGGCCCAGGCUGGAGUGCAGUGGUGCAAUCUUGGCUCACUGCAACCUCCACCUCCCAGGUUCAAGUGAUUCUCCUGUCUCAGCCUCCCAAGUAGCUGGGACUACAGGCAUGAGCCAUCACACCCAGCUAGUUUUUUGUAUUUUUAGUAAAGAUGGGGUUUUGCCAUGUUUGCCGGGCUGAUCUCGAACUCCUGACCUCAAGUGAUCUGCCCACCUCAGACCCCCAAAGUGCUGGGAUUCCAGGUGUGAGCCACUGCGGCCGACCACAUUUGAUGUUUGAAGUUGUAAUCUGUCCCAUCAUAAACUUACCUGGAGCUCAUGUGGAGGAACAGAAGGCCAAGAUCCUUGCUUUGGGGGUGCCUCACGAAGCAUCCCUGUAGGCACUUGGCCCCAGCUUCACUGCUUGGAAGCAUGUCCCUCCCUCUUGAGUUGGCUCUGAUUUGAAACCGGGAGAAACAGAGCUGCUGCCAAUGGGAUCUUUUAGGUAACUCCCUCCCCAGCUUCCGUGUGUCUGUGCAGUGCCCAUGAGCUGCUGCCAAUGGGAUCUUUCAGGUACCCCCUCCCCAGCUUCCCUGUGGCUGUGCGGUGCCCUUGACAGAUGGCUGCUCUGUUUCCCUUUGCCCAGCCAGGCUCCCCUCCUUCCUAUUAGCUACAAAACUGGAUAAACUUCAGAAUAUGAGCCAAUGAGUAGGAAGGAACUUGAAGACUAAAGAUUUUACUCUCUCCCCUAUCCAUGCCCCCUACCUCUGACUCUCUCUGUGUGAACAGGAAACUUUAGGGUAGAUGAGGAGAAUGAAUUGGUUAUCAGAGUGGAAGACCAUGGCCCAGGAUCCCUGAGCUUUCCCAGUAGCCUCCAGUUUCCUUUGUAAGACCCAGGGAUCACUUAGCCAUAGCCUGAAUCUUUUAGGGGUAUUAAGGUCAGCCUCUCACUCUUCCUUCAGGUUACUAACAAAAUUUCGUAGCUAAAGAAUGCCAUGGCCGGGUGCAGUGGCUCACGCCUAUAAUCCCAGCACUUUGGGAGGCUGAGGCGGGCGGAUCACGAGGUCAGGAGAUUGAGACCAUCUUGGCUACGACGGUGAAACCCCGUCUUUACUAAAAAUACAAAAAAUUAGCUGGGCGUGGUGGCGGGCGCCUGUAGUCCCAGCUACUCUGGAGGCUGAGGCAGGAGAAUGGCAUGAACCCAGGAGGCAGAGAUUGCAGUGAGCCAAGAUCACGCCACUGCACUCCAGCCUGGGCGACAGAGCCAGAUUCCGUCUCAAAGAAAAAAAAAAAAAAAGAAUGCCAUGCCAGGAGAAGACAGCUGGUUUCAAAUCCCUGCCCCCAGGCAAGUAAAACCCUGACUUGCUCAAGACAGAAGAUCUUUUCUCCUGUUUUUCAAAAUAAACAUAUAUAGGGAUGGACCCUGUGCAUUGUGGCCUGCCUUGGUGUCCUAGAAUUGGAGCCAGUCUUUAGCUUAAUGUCUGAAGUAUUUAUACAGCCAAUAUGUGUUUCCAAUAUGUUUUCUUAUGUCAGACCAAACUGUCUUUUUGAAUAUCAGUUCAUUUCCUCUCACCGAGUGCUUUUCGGUGAGAGGCAAAGAGAAAGAAUGAACAAUCAAGUAUUGACAGACUGGCAUUAGCAGGACAGAGCCAUACUAGUGACAAGGGCAUCCCAAGGCACUUGCCCAGAGCUACAGAGUUGUGUGUGCCAUACCUGCGGCUCAAAGGGAAGGCCUUCUAUCCCCUGAGUUUCUAUCACCUGAAAAUGGCAACUGCUGUCUCAGUAAAAGCUCUGUCUUGACUACAGAGGCUCCAAAAGCAUUCACAGUUGAAGGGGAGAAAGACAGAAAGAAGAAGCCAAAGAUAACCUGAUCCCUGCCUGUCUGUUGGCACCUGUCAUCCUCUGGCUUCUGCUCCCAAAAGCAAGUCUGGAUGACUGAGUUUUGUGGACAUGGCACUCCCGGAGACAGCAGUGGCCACCAUGGCACCCAGAGUUUGCCCAAGUACUGAAUGUUUUGUGAGCAACCAUGUUCCCCAAGUAGGUAGCCAGCACUGCAGAAACCAAACAGCCUCUUAGCUACCUGACUUUAAAAGGAAUGACCUAGGUGUUCUGCCAAAGGAGUUAUCUAUCAUCUCUGGCAAACUUGACAAUCAUCACUUACCUCGACAACCCUGCCCCACAUCCCUUUAUAAAGUCAGCAGGAUGUCCCCUCACCCACCCUGUGCUGGUGUCUAACAAAUUUAUCUUGUCAUGCUCAAAUGUGUUUAGCAGCCACACCGAUCGGCUGGGUGCUGAACCGCCUCUGUAAUUGUAGCAUCAAAAUGACAACAGCAGCAGAGCAGCAAAUCUUGCACAGCCCCACAGCAUGCCUGAGACAAGACUCCAACAAGUAAUAAUUAACUUUUUUUCUCCUGCCGCCUACAGUACCUGUCUAACUAAAGAGCUUCCCAAAGUGGAGGGAAAGGCCAUAGAAUCCAGGUGUCAUUCAGAGCCAGUCCUUGGCUGAAAUGUGGUCUUCCAGUGGAAGCACCUGUAUUAUUGAGAGGAAAAAGUGUUGGAUGCAAAGUAACACCAGGACUAGAGAGAAGGAGAAAGGUGAACCAUCCUAAGGCGCUUUGGAUACUUUUUUAGAAGGAUAAACAUUGUGCUUACUGAGGAGAAAAAAAAAAAGCGAUCACAGAAAAAUUUCACAGCUAAUAUUUUUACAAAAGUUGUGCCAGACAUUACAAAGUGAAAACGCCUCUCAAGGUGGAAUGCUUUAGAGAGCAAAGGCUUAGCACAGACCUAGACCCUUGUGUGGGUAUGACAUGACAUGACAUGUACAUGUCAAAAUUCACUUUAGUCAGAACCAGAGUAUUGAUAAACAAAAUGUCAGUUACCUGGAGCAGUCCUGGAGAGGUUAAGACAUUCUAUACUGUUCUACGUCAACCAUUUCUACAAAGUUGUCCAGACACCUAAAAGCAGCUUUCUUGGUUAUCCAGAUGCCAGAAUCAACCUUGUAUCUGACAAUGCACAUCUGUUGAUUCUAAAGCAUAUUUAUGUGUGUGUGUAUGUGUGUGUAUACAGCAUAUAUUUACAUCUAUGAAGACAUAGACACUUAUAGAGACCCACAUGAGCUGGCACUUUCUGAGCCUUUACAGCCUUUAAGACUCGGAGGUUGAGAAUUAGAGACACAAGAGAGGCUGUGGAUGGCCUAUUAAAAUGAUUAAAGAAGUAAAUUCAGUGCCAUUUUAAAACUGUGCAUAUUUAUCAAACAAUUACUGUCUACAGCUACAUUUUUUGUUAACUUACUUAAAGUCAUGUUGCAAAAAAGAUCAAACCCAUGAAUGCUUAGUAGCUAAGGCUAGUGUUCAAAAGCACUCUAAAAGACAUUUUGUCCACAUUUUGGAAAAGAAAAUAUUUGCAUGUUUAAUUCAUAAUUUAGGCUAUCUUUGAGUAUACUGUAAAGUGCUGUGUGAUAUAAUAUCAAUAAAGUACUUAUUAAAUGGCACUUUAAUGUUUUCUUUUAAAAUAACGCACUGUUCUAAACUUCAGUAUUGACUAUUGACUCGUGCGUAGAAUCCAAUGCUGUAAUUAGAAAGUAAUCUGUGACUAGAAUAGACCUUUGUCCCUGUUAGUAGCCCUGUUGCCAUGUUCAGGCUUUUAAAAAAUGCUUUUGUGUCACAAAAUAUAUCUAUAAAGAAAACAAAAUUUCUGUUCAGAGGCCUCUGAAACUUGGCUUUCUUACGUGUGGUUGGUUUAUGUGACAAUCCCUAUGAAAUGAGUGGACGUAUGAUUUUUGAAUUAAAUGACUUUUCCAUUUGGUGGUA